UCAACAUCACUCAGCCUGCUGCUUUCUCGGUUUCGCGCCAUGGUGGAACAGCGGGCGAUGGCCCCCUCGAGGCGAAAGCGUCGAGAUAGAACAUCGCCCUCGAAGAUCCGCCCUGCCACUGUGGCUGUCCGCCGCUGUGCUGCCGAGCUGCUAGUUGCGGCGGUGGAUGCGUCCACGCGCUGCGUGUUCCUGCGACAUGCAGAGAAGUUGGGAUGCAAAGUCGUCUCAGAAGUGGAACGCCUUGAAGACCUGACCAAGGAACUUCUCAGCGCACAGAAUCACAACUGUUCCUCUCCCUUGCUGGUCUUCGUGGGUGAGCGCAGAUGGGAAAGCCGCAUCGCCAAGCUGCACCUUCACGUGAGACCUCCUUUUGUGGUUCGCACCUCAGUUGACUUCGAGCAUGGCCCAUGUCAUCGACACAUGUUGCCAUCUGGAAGCUUCAAUGCCUUUGCGUCCAUUGUUCAGGAUUGCGAAACCUGGUGGGAGGAAGCUUGCAAUACGGGAACUUGGUAUAUGGCAGCACCAUUGCGACCCGUGCUUCCCCCAUCACCCAACUGGUUUUUGCGGCCCUGCAGUGAUUUGUCCAGUAGUGCUGGGGCGUGAUUGGCAUGGGAAAC